AUGAAGUUAUUUGUUUUUGUGUUGACAGUAUCCAUGGGUACGCUCGGUACCUAUGGAGUACCAGUAGGAGUAUCAAGCCAAGCGGCAAAAUUUGGUACAAAUAGGCGAAAUGAAAUAAAACUAUAUAACUACGUAACAAGUUUUGUUAACGCUUUAGAAGAACAACGUAAUCUGAAAGGCGUUUUAAACCAAGAACAAAUCGAAAAAAUGCGUACCUCAUCACAAGCUACACUAAUACAAAUAGAUAUCGUUUCGAAAGAAUGUGACCAAAGGCAACGCCAAGAUUUCUCAAUAGGUAUAAGUAUAUUUAAUAAUUUACUUAAAACAGUCAAGUUCCAAAUAAAACAAAAGGAACGCCAUAACUGGAGAUAUAAUCCGAAUGAAGACGAAAGAUUAUCCAAAAAUUGUAUAUCAAUACUGGAUUCCCUAGAAGAUGAAGAUGAAAAUGAAAACAAUGCACAAAACACAAAAUUAACUAAUUGCCUAAAUACAGUACUAACUCAAAUUUCCCAUAAAAAUAAACUAAAUAUCGUCCAACGAAUUCAACUGGUGCAUACAGUUCGCAACUGUCAAAAGGAGGUACAAAAGGAAAUCAAGAAAAAAUGUUCUGCUAAUAAAAACAACAAAGGAUGUGCGGAACUCAAUCAAAUAAAUCAAGCCUUUAACAAAAAAAUAAUUACAAUUGGUGCACCUAAUGAAGCUGAAGACAAACAAACGUCGCAAGUCAUUAUAACAUUAAUCGUAAUACUUGAAGAAACUGGUAGGGCUAAUGAUAAAGCCAAAUUGGAGAAGUUAGUCAUAAUACUUUUAGAACUUAUUGAAGCUUACAAAGAAAAAAUAGAUAACGAAAAUAAGCCAGACAAAUUGGUUGCCAGAGAAGAAAUAACAUUAUAUGAGGUUAAUAAAUAUAUCCGUACAUGUAAAUCUGAGUCUAAUUCAGGAGGAAACAACAGUAAAGAUGUAAAUAAGAGUAAGGAAGAAAACAAUAGUAAAGAAGCCAACAAGAAAUUAGGACAAAACAACAGUAAAGAAAACAAUGGUAAAGAUGAAAACAAAUCAGGAGACAACAAUAGUAAAGAAAAUAACAAAACGAAAGAAGACAAGAGUAAGGAGGAUAACCAAUCAGUAGAAAACAAUAGUAAGGAUGAUAACAAAUCAAUGGAAAACAAUAGUAAAGAGAACAAUAGUAAAGAGAAAAAUAGUAAAGAGAACAAUAGUAAAGAGAACAAUAGUAAAGAGAAAAAUAGUAAAGAGAACAAUAGUAAAGAGAAAAAUAGUAAAGAGAACAAUAGUAAAGAGAACAAUAGUAAAGAGAACAACAAAUCAGUAGAAACCAAUGGUAAAGAUAGCAAAGAAUCUAGAGAACGUUGCAGAGUCAAUAUUUGCCUUAUUUUGAGACGAGUAAGAGAUGUAAUUGAAGACAAUCUAAAAAGUCAAGGUAAAAUCAAUGCAAAUCAGAUUGGAGGGGCAUCUCAAUUACUGUCUAUAUCCGUAAGAGUAAUCCAAAACUGCAAUAACAAAGAUAAUUCGAAAGAAGAAACUAAUAGUGGGGAAUCUGGAGAAAACGAAUGUGAAGCUAAUAACAGUAACGAAGAUAAUCAGUCAGGAGAAAUCAAUAGCAAGGAAGAUAACCAAUCAGGAGAAAACAAUAGUAAAGAAGAAAAGAAAUCGAAAGAAACUAAGAGUAAGGAAAAUAACCAAUCAGUAGAAAACAAUAGUAAAGAUGACAAAAAAUCAAAAGAAAACAAUAGUAAAGAAAAUAAUAAUACAGGAGAAAACAAUAGUAAAGAGGACAACAAAUCAGGAGACAACAAUAGUAAAGAAGAAAACAAAUCGAAAGAAACUAAGAGUAAGGAAGAUCACCAAUCAGUAGAAAACAAUAGUAAAGAGCAUACCAAUACAGGAGAAAACAAUAGUAAAGAGGACAACAAAUCAGGAGACAACAAUAGUAAAGAAGAAAACAAAUCAGGAGACAACAAUAGUAAAGAAGAAAACAAAUCGAAAGAAACUAACAGUAAGGAAGAAAACCAAUCAGUGGAAAACGAUAGUAAAGAUGAUAAAAAAUCAAUUGAAAAUAAUAGUAAAGAGAACACCAAUACAGGAGACAACAAUAGUAAAGACAACACCAAUUCGAAAGAAAACAAGAGCAAGGAAGAUAACCAAUCAGGAGAAAACAAUAAUAAAGAUGACAAUAAUGCAGUAGAAAACAAUAGUAAAGAAAACAACAACACAUCAGGAGAAAACAAUAGUAAAGGCGACAACAUUAAUACAGGAGAAAAUAAUAAAGAUGACAACAAAUCAGGGGAAAACAAUGAUAAAGGUGACAACACAUCUGGAGAAAACAAUAAUGUAGUAGAAAACAAUAGUAAAGAAAACAACAACACAUCAGGAGAAAACAAUAAUACAAAUGGCAAUAAUGUAGUAGAAAACAAUAGUAAAGAAAACAACAGCACAUCAGGAGAAAACAAUAGUAAAGGUGACAAUAUUAAUACAGGAGAAAACAAUGAUAAAGGUGACAACACAUCUGGAGAAAACAAUAAUGUAGUAGGAAACAAUAGUAAAGAAAACAACAACACAUCAGGAGAAAACAAUAGUACAAAUGGCAAUAAUGUAGUAGAAAACAAUAGUAAAGAAAACAACAGCACAUCAGGAGAAAACAAUAGUAAAGGUGACAAUAUUAAUACAGGAGAAAACAAUGAUAAAGGUGACAACACAUCUGGAGAAAACAAUAAUGUAGUAGGAAACAAUAGUAAAGAAAACAACAACACAUCAGGAGAAAACAAUAGUACAAAUGGCAAUAAUGUAGUAGAAAACAAUAGUAAAGAAAACAACAGCACAUCAGGAGAAAACAAUAGUAAAGGUGACAAUAUUAAUACAGGAGAAAACAAUGAUAAAGGUGACAACACAUCUGGAGAAAACAAUAAUGUAGUAGGAAACAAUAGUAAAGAAAACAACAACACAUCAGGAGAAAACAAUAGUACAAAUGGCAAUAAUGUAGUAGAAAACAAUAGAGAAAACAAUGAUAAAGGUGACAACACAUCUGGAGAAAACAAUACUGUAGUAGGAAACAAUAGUAAAGAAAACAACAACACAUCAGGAGAAAACAAUAGUACAAAUGGCAAUAAUGUAGUAGAAAACAAUAGUAAAGAAAAUAACAACACAUCAGGAGAAAACAAUAGUAAAGGUGACAAUAUUAAUACAGGAGAAAACAAUGAUAAAGGAGAAAACAAUAGUACAAAUGGCAAAAAUGUAGUAGAAAACAAUAGUAAAGAAAACAACAACACAUCAGGAGAAAACAAUAGUAAAGGUGACAAUAUCAAUACAGGAGAAAACAAUAAUAACGGUGACAACCAAUCAGGAGAAAAUAGUAUAAUUGGUAACAAACCAGGAGAAAACGAUAAAGUAGGUGCCAAUAACUCAGGGGAAAACAAUAUCAUAAUUGAUGACAAAUCGGGAGAAAAUAAAAGUAAUGAAACCGUUAUAAGCCAAGAAGCACCAUGA